AUGCGCGGGUGCGAUUUCUUCUCGCCGCACAACACAAGAUCUCCAGCUCAAGGACCACCAAUUCCGGUGAUUCCUUCAUCCGUAAUCGCAUAUCUGCCUAUUCCGGCACCGAUCUCUCAUCCGGCUUUUGAUUUCGACAAUCCAGCAUUGGAUUUGGAUGGAUCUUCUCUGCUUCCUAACCGUGAACACGGACUUGAAGUUAAAUCAGGGAGACCUUGUACUCUGAAAAGUACGGAGAGAAAAAGACUUCAUCUCUCGCAGGCGACAUUGGGGAUUGGAAAUGCAGCGGCAAGAAGCAUUCUUCAGUGUAACGUUGGGAGCAAAAGUCCCGUCUUCUUAUGUAGCCUGUCUCCUGAUAAGAUUGAGUCUUGCCAGUUGCACAUGGAGUUCCAAGAAGCCGAGGAUGUAACUUUUUCCGUGCUUGGGCCGAAUACCAUUCAUCUGACUGGAUACUUCCUGGGAAAGAGCACAGCUUCUAGCCAAAAUGAUGAUGAAUCGGAGUCAUACGGAGAAGAUGUUGGUAACUCAGAUAUGGACAAAGGUAGCAGCGAUGACGACUAUGACUGCGGUGAUAGCUUCAUAAAUGACGAUGAUUCAUCUGCUUGCCGUUUAUACCCCUCUAGUACCGAUGAUGAUGAAGGUAUACCGUUUCCUACUCUUGUAUCUUCUGAGCUUCUGUUUGCUUUGUUGGUUGGAACUUGUCUUCAGGUAUCUGUUAUGGAGUGGAAAGAUAAAAAAGCAAACAGAGAUGGAAACCGUAGACGACUAAGGAAGAAGUUUCAGGUAUCUGAUUCAGAAUCAGAUAAAACUUCCGCGAAACCUGAUGACUCCAGCGAUGGUGAUUGUGUACAAGUACGCAAUAUCGAAGAUGGCCUCAAAAUCUCUACAGCGAUUGCUUUGUCUUCGAGUUUGGAAAUUGACAAGCCUGAUGCUGAGUGUGAAAAGGCAGCGGAAGCAACAGCUCAUAGCCAUAUGACUCUCGAUACAAGGGAGGAUAAACCCUUACCUGAUGUGAAACUUUCUCCCCUUACGAAAGUCUCUAAAACUUUGUCCAAGAAAAGACGAAAGAAGGAAAAGUCUAAGAAGUCAGAUGUGAUUGUCGUAGAUGAUGGAGAGGGUACACAAAAGCCUCAAAGUGUUCAAGCUACUGACAAGGUUAUCGAACCAUCAAGUGCCGUAUUACUCUCUGAGAAUGGUGGUGAUGAAACUCCAUUAAAGAAAAGGAGGAGAAAGAAUAAGACAUUGGAUGAAACUACAAACGUCCAGAAAAAUCUAUCUGAGUGUCUAGAGAAGAACAAAAAGAACAUCGAUGAAGAAGCUGUUACUACAAAAUCACUAGAAUUAGUGAUCCCAUCAAAUGAAGUGGUAAUCGAAGAGAUUGCAAGAGAACAUUUAGAUGGAAAAGUAGCUACCGAUGGGAAAAAGGUGAGCAUAAACUACACCGGGAAGCUAAAAGACACCGAGAAACCGUUUCAAUCAAACUUAGGAGGACCUCCAUUCAGAUUUCGCUUAGGUGAAAAAAAUGUCAUAAAAGGUCUAAGUAUUGGCAUUGAAGGGAUGCGAGUUGGUGAUAAGAGAAGGCUCGUAAUUCCUCCAUCGCUCGGGUACGCAGAAAAGGGAUUGAAUGAAGUUGUGCCUAAGAAUGCUUGGCUAGUUUAUGAAGUGGAGGCAGUAAAAGUCAGAUGA